AGGGACAUUAUUCAACCCGGAACUGUGAAUGUGAUCAAUUAGAGCUAGAACUCUCCGAAAACUUUGAACGAAAUGUAACUCCGGAUCGCUCGAGACGAAUCAAAUCACGGUCGCCGUUUAGCGCAGACAAAAACGCAAAUGUUCAUCCGCCUCGCCGCUCCGUGAACUCCCAGAGUCUGAUUUUUCUUCCCGCUUUUAACAGGCUCUCAGACCUUCAUCAGUCAAAAUGCCUCAACAGAAGGAUAUAGUAAAGAUCGCCAUCCAGAUGCCAGGGGCGUACCCGCAGCUCAUUCAGCUGGACCAGAAAAAGCCCCUCACUUCGGUCAUAAAAGAAGUUUGUGAUAAGUGGAAUCUUCCGGGUCCUGAAAACUAUGCUCUCCAGUAUGCAGAUGGGAUCCAGACGUACAUCACUGAAUCUAACCGCCUGGACAUCAAAAAUGGCAGCAUCCUGCGCUUAACCAAAGCACCAGGCCGCUGUGCUGAAGAUCUGUAUAAAGGCAUUCAGAGCUCAGACUCCAACGUUCGCUGUGACUCCCUAAAUCUCCUGGCCAUAGUUUCCACUGACAUCACGUUUGCACAAGAGUUUAUCAGUCGCGAUGGACACUCCCUCUUGGUCAAGAUAGUGGAGGACGCUCAGGAGUCUCCUGUGAUCAUGACACACACACUCACUGCUUUCAUGGAGCUCAUGGACCAUGGUAUUGUGUCCUGGGAGAAUCUGUCCAGUGUUUUUAUCAAAAAGAUGGCCAGUUUUGUGAAUGCGAAGGUGCUGGACACGUCCAUCCAGCAGGUGUCGCUAGCCAUCCUGGAGAGCAUGGUCCUCAGCAGCAGCAGUCUGUUCACUGAGGUCAAGCAGGAGAUAACGCUGGAGAGGCUCCUUUCACAUCUGCAGGUGUACGUAGACUACACCAUCCACACUAGAACAAACCAGCAGCUGCAGACGAAGGCCAUGGCUCUGCUGAUGGCGUUGCUGCAGGCUGGAGGAGAAGCAGACAGACAGGAGCUCUUUGAAUUUCUUGAGAAGAGAAACCUGCGGCAGUACAUUCACAAGAACAUCAUCCACAGCUCCAGUUCAGUAGGAGAUGAAAUGGCCCAUUACCUGUACGUGCUGCAGACAGUCAGGCUGAACCACCUGGAGCCCCGCAUGAAGACUCCUCUGGACUCCUACAGCCAGGAGCAGAGGGAAAUGCUGCACGGGCUGCGUCAGGCAGCGUUCGAGACGGAGAGCGAGAGUGGACUGAGUAAUGAACGCAGACGCUCGCUAUGUGCUAAAGAGUUUAAGAAGCUCGGCUUUUCUAAUAACAGUAAUCCUGGUCAGGAUCUGAGCCGGUGUCCUCCAGGUCUACUGGCGUUGGACACAAUGGCAUAUUUUGCCUCCCGUUAUCCUGACGCAUACAGCCGGUUUGUGCUGGAGAACAGCAGCAGAGAAGACAAACAUGAGUGUCCGUUCGCCCGCAGCAGCAUCCAGCUCACACUCAUCCUGUGCGAGAUCUUGCGCAUCGGAGAACCUCCCUCUGAGACGGGCUCAGACUAUCACCCGAUCUUCUUCGCUCAGGACCGUCUACUGGAGGAGCUGUUUUGCAUCUGCAUUCAGCUGCUUAACAAGACCUGGAAGGAGAUGAGAGCCACGCAGGAAGACUUUGAUAAGGUACUUCAUUCCCCUUUUGAAAAAACAACCCCAACAGUGUUUUGUUGCUACUGCAGUUCUGCCAGUGAGAGUGGCUGAGCGCAUGCGCAUAAAGCAAUUGUUUCGAAGGGGGUGAGGCAUGUCAGAUACUAAAGAGCAUUUUGUUGGUCAGAAGAUUUGAUGAGAAACUGAAGUAAAACAGAAACAAUAUUGCUCCAAACUACACGUUUCAGAUGU